AUACAGUUGUACUUGUACCCAUCUUAGAUUCCAUCAUUCCACGUCACAGUUAAAUAUAUUUGCUUUGCUUCAGUUAAUAAAAGAGGUGUCGACAUCCCAAUCUUCCUUUCUUGUCGUGUGUCCCAAGUUGCUGUCCUAAUUCCAAACUGUAAACUCGUUUUUCUCUGCUUUCAGCAAAAGAACGCCUUUCAGGGGCAACACGAAACAAACAAUUAAUGAAAGUGAAACUGAUUGACAUGCCAUUUUUUGCUUACCCAAAUGCCAAUCUAACCAAAACCAACCACCCCUUUUUCUCUUUCCUAUAAAACAACCUUCCUUGGAGUUGGAGCACACAAACAAAGCGUGUGCACAUAGAAGAGGUCUCGUUUUUAUGCAGGGUUUGCCUUGUUGAGUGCAUUUUUCCAAAGGGUUGUUUUGUUUGUUGAAGAAUGGUUCAGUGGCAGGGUGAUGCUGAUGAGGGUAUCGACUACAUGUUCAAGAUUGUGAUGGUUGGGGACUCUGGGGUGGGAAAGUCUCAGCUUUUGAAUCGGUUUGUGAAAAACGAAUUCCACAUGAAAUCGAAACCCACAAUUGGGGUGGAGUUUCUGACUAGGACGGUCGUCAUGGAUCACAAGCUUGUCAAGGCACAGAUUUGGGACACUGCUGGUCAAGAAAGGUACCAGGCUAUUACAACUGCAUAUUACAGGGGUGCAACCUGCGCAUUACUAGCAUACGACAUAACCAAGCAGCAAACCUUUGAUCAUGUUGAAAAGUGGUUGGAUGAGCUACGGAUACACACGGAUAAAAAUAUACUUGUCAUGCUUGUUGGCAACAAAUCUGACCUGAGUUCUCUUCGAGCAGUGCCUACGGAGGUAGCCAGAGACUUUGCGCAGCAGGAGGGUCUCUUCUUUCUUGAGACAUCUGCGCUUGACUCCAGCAAUGUGGAAUCAGCUUUCAUUGGCCUCCUCUCUCAAGUAUAUAGAACCGUCAGUAGGAAGCUCAUCCUUGUGGACGGACAUGAAUCAAAUUGGGAUAAAGUAAACCUUGAACUUGAAGGAACAAAAAUUAAGGUCCCUUCACAAGAACCUGAAUGCCAGAAUGCCAAAAAGAGAUUCAAUUGUUGCAGUAUUCUUUAAAAUUUUGUAUUGACCCCCUAGAUGCACCUUAAUUCUUGUGUAAGGACUAUUUUCCUCCCCCCCUCUCCAUGCUGUUGUGGAUUUUGUAUACAUUGCCAUCUAUUUUUCUUUUUACUGUACUUUACCUUUCAGGAGAUAGGUUUUAGGCAUAGUUUUGCAAACUCAAGAAUGAAAUGAUGAAUUUGAGUAGUCUAUUCAAUGUAUCUAGCUGUGACUCCUUUACCAUGGCUGUUUAUUCUAAACAGCUUUCCAUCACAAGAAUGCAAAUAGGACAGUAUUCUCAGUUA